AUGCAGACUGUCGGAGGUAAAUCUCUACAGCAAAAGUGGAAGAACAUCAGGACUAGUUACAGCAGGGAAAUAAAACGCAGAGCCGGUGCUAAAAGUGGAGCAGCAGCUUCGCGUAAGAGUCCUUACGUAUAUUUCGAACAACUACAGUUUCUUAAGGCCACUGUAAUAAAUAAUGAAACUCAAAAUAGCAUGGGUAUAACACACCCUGCGGAAACCAACGAUGACAGCGAUUGUAUUCAAGAUAAACAACCCGUUUCCAAAAAGAAGAAUACAUGUGACAACGAAAAUUUGGUUCAAGUAUUAAAGGAAAGUAUCGCAAUAAGAGAAGAGCGUGAAAGAAAGCAAGAAUCUGAUUCAGAUUGA